GCGCACGCAUCGGCCUGCGGUGCGCGCGCAGGUCGGUGCGUCGGUCGGGGGCGCGCUCGGGUAACCUGUACCCCACGUAGUCGCCGGUUACCGAACGGACUAAGUUCCAGUGGUGAUUUGCAAGUCAAGUUAAAAUGUCCCCAGAAGUGGCCUUGAACCGAAUUUCUCCAAUGCUCUCCCCAUUCAUAUCUAGUGUGGUCCGCAAUGGAAAAGUGGGACUGGAUGCUACCAACUGUUUGAGGAUAACUGACUUGAAAUCUGGCUGCACGUCAUUGACUCCUGGACCCAACUGUGACCGAUUUAAACUGCAUAUACCAUAUGCUGGAGAGACAUUAAAAUGGGAUAUAAUUUUCAAUGCCCAAUACCCAGAGCUGCCCCCUGAUUUUAUCUUUGGGGAAGAUGCUGAGUUCCUGCCAGACCCCUCAGCUCUGCAUAAUCUAUCCUCCUGGAAUCCUUCAAAUCCUGAAUGUCUCUUACUUGUGGUGAAGGAACUCGUGCAACAGUAUCACCAAUUUCAAUGCAGCCGUCUGCGCGAGAGCUCCCGUCUCAUGUUUGAGUACCAGACAUUGCUGGAAGAGCCGCAGUAUGGAGAGAACAUGGAAAUUUACGCUGGGAAAAAAAACAACUGGACUGGUGAAUUUUCAGCUCGUUUUCUUUUGAAGUUACCGGUGGAUUUCAGUAAUAUUCCCACAUACCUUCUCAAGGACGUAAAUGAAGACCCUGGAGAAGAUGUGGCCCUCCUUUCUGUCAGUUUUGAGGAUACUGAAGCCACUCAGGUGUAUCCCAAGCUGUACUUGUCACCCCGAAUUGAACAUGCACUUGGAGGUUCCUCAGCUCUUCAUAUUCCAGCUUUUCCAGGAGGAGGAUGUCUCAUUGACUACGUUCCUCAAGUAUGCCACCUGCUCACCAACAAGGUGCAGUAUGUGAUUCAAGGAUACCACAAAAGAAGAGAGUACAUCGCUGCUUUCCUCAGCCACUUUGGCACAGGUGUCGUGGAAUAUGAUGCAGAAGGCUUUACAAAACUUACCCUGCUGCUGAUGUGGAAAGAUUUUUGUUUUCUUGUACACAUUGACCUGCCCCUGUUUUUCCCUCGAGAUCAGCCGACGCUCACAUUUCAGUCCGUCUAUCACUUUACCAAUAGUGGACAGCUUUAUUCCCAGGCCCAAAAAAAUUAUCCGUACAGCCCCAGAUGGGAUGGAAAUGAAAUGGCCAAAAGAGCAAAGGCUUAUUUCAAAACCUUUGUCCCUCAGUUCCAGGAGGCAGCGUUUGCCAAUGGAAAGCUCUAGGAAACACCAGCCUUGAGAGGUGGCCAACCAGACUGCGCUGUCCACAUGCGCGUCAGCACAUAUGGCCGCUUCCUGGAAGCCACUUGGAAUGUCUUCAUGGCAGCGUCUUAACGCUCACACAGCAGCUUUGCGAGCCCCGUCUGGAACCCACACUUGAGCUGGCUGGCGGUAACUGUCCUCGAAUCCCCCACCUCUGGUUGCUCCCGCUUUGUUUCCUUCGAUAAAUUUCUUACUUGGAAGAAAU